GGCGUGUUUUAGUGAAGUUUUCCUUCCUUUUCGUCCAGCUCAGGGCUGGUAAACCUUUUUCUCAGUGAUCUGCUUCCGUAGAGCAGGAUAAAAUUCAUAUCUACAAAAAAAUGUUCACGUUGGGGAGAAAUUUGGUUUUGCUUUUUCUCCUUGCAGUUCCAUGUACCUUUACAACGAUCGGACAGGUGAAUGCUGUAGAUGAGCAUUCAGAAGAAACGGAUUUAGUUGAGGAUGAGGGUGAUGAUGAAGAAGAAGGGCUCGUUGAAGACACCAAUGCAUCAGACUCCGGUACCGAAGAUGAUACAGAUGAUGACUCUUUAGGCCCAGAUGUGACAUCUCAUCCAGACGCUGACACCACCAUCAUAUUCGUUACUGGGGAAGAGUUUCCAGCCAAUGAAAUUGUCAAAUUCUUGGUGGGUUUUACCAACAAGGGCACCCAAGAUUUUGUUGUCCAGUCCCUCGAAGCCUCUUUCCGUUACCCACAAGACUAUCAGUUCUAUAUUCAGAAUUUCACAGCCUUGCCCCUGAGCAUUGUGGUCCAGCCUCAGAGACAGGCCUCCUUUGAGUAUUCCUUCAUCCCCGCUCAGCCUAUGGCAGGCCGUCCUUUUGGCCUGGUCAUCCUCCUUAACUAUCAGGAUGGUGAGGGGACUGCUUUCCAGACUGCUAUCUACAACCAGACGGUCACCAUCACUGAGCGGGAAGAGGGACUCGAUGGGGAAACGAUGUUCAUGUACGUGUUCCUGUGCGGGCUGGGGCUACUCCUGCUGUUCGGAAUCCACCAGGUGCUGGAAUCUCGAAAGAGAAAGAGAGCACCAGCCAAGGUGGAAACGGGCACAGGUGGGAUGAAAGAUGUGGACAUCAGCUGGAUCCCCCAGGAGACCCUGAAUGCCAUGAACAAGACUUCUCCUAAAGUCUCUCCGAGGAAGCGAACCAAGAGAGCAGCUGGUACUGAUCAGUAGGCCCUACCAUCUACACUGUGAGGCAGAUACUGAAGCAUGGUCCUACAGCCCCAGGAAUCGAGAUCCUCUUUGUUAAGCCCAGUAUUGAAGUGUGGAUGUGCUGCUUUGGUGGUUAAAAAAAAAUGGAACUUUCUUUGGACCUGAAAGCCUCUUGUACUGGACAUUGCCAGUGAGAGAGCAAAUUCUCUGUAAUUUGCAUAUUUUUUAUGCAUACGUCUCCGUGAGCAGUAGUCUUUUAACAUGUCUGAACCACCUUGCCAGAGAGGCAGCUGCAUUAUUUUAUUUUUUUUUCCUUUUGUGUUUUGCGGUGAUGUCACACCAAGGAAAUAAUUCAAAGGGCUGAAGGUGCAGAUAUACUUAUGACACUAAUGGCCUUCCUUUAAACUUCAAAUGUAUGGCGCACAAAAUGGAUACUCCUACUCUUAGGUAUAAUUAGAGCAGCCAAUGAAUACUCUGAAGAUGGUGUUAGGACUGUGUAAUGCUGUCAAAGAGGAAUACUGGUGUUGCGCACAGUAUUAUCUAACCGCUCUAAUAAAAUCACCUAGUAUUUCUUUACAGCAUUCAUUUUUGUAAUUACUGUAACAUGUUGGUUAUUUCCCCUAAAGUAACACUGAGAAAGAAAAUAAAGUCUGGGUUUAAAAUUG